AUGACAGAAAUUCAUAACGCUGAGGUUGGUGCUCGUUCCAUUCCAUUCCUUUGUGCAAUCCGACUCUGCAGCUAGCUCAAGACAUAAUCACGGGGGCGGUGGCGGCGUGGCUCGAGCAGACGAACGACUCGGCGAUGAGCAUCGACGUCGGCUUCGAGAGGGACGCCAGCCACACCUCCAACUUUGAUCUGUGAGUGAGCACGUGCACGAUGGCUCUUGAAAACAAAUGAACAUUGCAGAAUUGCGACGGCGAAGAUCGAGAUUCUGAAGGCCGACGAUUUUCGUCCGAUGACGAGAGGAGAGCAUUUCUGGCUCGACGAAGAUCAGAAGGACAUUGAGAAUCUGCCGGCGGGCACGAGAAGGGCGGAAGCGGCGAGAACGGAGCAGGAGAAGAAGGAGAAGGGAGUCGCAGAGACACUGUGGGGUGAGGAUGGGCCACGUGGCAGAAAACGAGGGAAUUGACGAUUCAGGCUACUACAAGAAGUGGACGAAGAGAGCGCCGACCGAUGCGAAAAGAAGGGACAGUCCGAUGGAAUCGCCGGUGGCAAGUCCCGGAUUCAAAAAGUGGGCGCAGGAGCCGGUGAAGAAAAUUGCCGUCAAAAGGGUCAGUCACAGAUAAGAGCUGGAUGUUAAUCUUGAAAUGAUACCGUUCAGGAGAUUCCUUCAGCCGAAUUCUACCCGGUAAAGUUUGUGGAAAGCGCCCGUCGCACUCUGAACCGUCGCAAAUCGUACACGGAACUCGACACGGCUCACGAGGCGCCGGCGGUCCGCGAGAAGGGCGAGGCGAACGAUCGGACGGACCAGGACUGCCGCACACUGCCCACCGACCUGGCCUCGUCGAAGGAGUCGCUGGCGACGGAGGCGCCCACACAAAAGGGAUCGCCCGCUUCCUCGCCGCCCAACAAGGAAGAGGAGACGAUCAAACCGAUUCCGGAGAAGGAGCCGGAGCCGGUGAAGAAGGUGGAGACGGUGGUGACGAAGAAGAGGUCCAGGACCAGGAUGAUGGUGAGUGGAGAUGCACAAGUAGAUCUUGCGAAGUGCCACGUUUCCAGUUGAACGUGAAGCGUCGUCCGGACUCUGGCGACCUUCAGAUCGUCUCGGAAAAGGACGGAAUCGUCACGUUCACCUGCUCCACAAAGCAUCGCGUCAAGAAGACGUCGAAGAGAAAUUAG